CCCUCCCUCCCUCCGCCAGCAGCGAGCAACCCCCGGCGAGCAGGCAGGUGGCCGGCGCCUCCCCGGCCGCCGCGCCCUCCGUCGGCGCAGGGCGAAAGCGCUCGCGGCACGUCUCGCCGUCUCGCCUUCCCGUGGGCCCGCAGCAGCACCGAACAGCUGUUCCGUCUCAAUGGAUCCGGACGGCAAUUCGAGAAGUUUUUAAACUUAAAUGACUCCUUCGAGCACUUCCACUCCGAGAAGGACCAUAUUGCAGUGAUCGUGUUACAUUGCAUGCAGUUGAAGCGGUCAUGGACGACACGGAGUUCCUGCCCAGCUGCUGGGGCCUUCGACUACGUGGACAGGAACUGAUCGACCACUUCAUCAAGGAGACGGCACGUUUGAGCGAGGAGACCAGAAGCCGCGUAGCUGUACAAAAGGACAUCAGGUUCGGUGAGCAUCCUCGCGAGUGCCUGGACCUGUACCAUGGCGAUCGGCCGCCGGGCGAGUGCCGCUCGACGCUGCUUUUCUGGCACGGCGGCUACUGGGUCGAAGGGGACCGGCAGUCGCACGCCUUCGUCGCCGACGCCUUCGUCGAGGCCGGGGUAGCUGUUGCCGUGGCCGGCUACCCGCUAGCACCCGGCGCCACGCUCGACCAGAUCGUCGAGUCGGCCACGCAAUGCGCUCGCCACGUGCUCGCACUCAGGCCUGGACCGCUCGUGCUGGCCGGACACUCGGCGGGCGCCCACCUGGCCGCCAUGGUCGCCACGCGGCUACACGGAGAGUCGCGCCUACGAAGCCUGCUUCUUCUGUCACCCGUGUUGGACGUGGUGGCGCUCCUGGGGAGCUCCGUGGCACGAGACGCCGCCAUCAACGCCGAUCAGGCGAUGCGCAACAGCCCGCUGCAGCUGGUGGACGAGCUUCCCACCCACUUGCACAUCGUGGUGACGUACAGCGAGCACGACCCUCCGUGGUUCGGGCGUACUGCUCGGGCCUACCGCGAGGCCCUGGGGCGUCGGCGCAUCUCGUGCGAGCUGCUGGAGUACGUGGACGAAGACCACUUCAGCUUCCUGCUGGGCGCGCUGCGAGACGGCGCGCACCGAGUCACCGCGAGGCUCGUCCGGUCUUCUUUGCCGGCGACCGCGCCCUCUCCGCAGUGAGGCACCGAGGUCGGCCAUCGGGGGCAAGGACGAACCGGUCCACGCCGCCAUCCUCGUCACGAACACUGAGCGCCGAAGAAGAAGCCCUCGCAGGACCCGAUCGAGUUUAUCCGCCUCUGUUUAUUAUUGGGGAGGCCUGCGCGUACCAUAUACUUCCCGGCUGCGUCUCUCUCUCUCGUCUCUAAAUCCGUGCAGUGCGCCGGAAGCUAUAGCAGAGCCCGUGCGUGUUUACCUGUACAUUGUCAUUUCCACUGCGAUAGUUUCUAUAUGAAAUAGAUGUCGUUAUCAGGUGGCGUAG